AACUGUUUGUGUGAGCUAAAAGGACGUGUUGUGUCACGGUAGAAUGAAUAUUUGCUCCACAUUUUGAUUUGAGGCUAUGCUGCGGUAACGUUAGCAAGUUAGAUAGUUGGUUUAGCACUGUCGAAGACACCCACGCUGACGUUUCUCUCUCAUGUGUAAAAUUCUCAGUAGAGCAGCACGUAAGCUAAAAUAAAGUGUUUUUUUCAAGCAUUUCUUGCGUUGUUUUCAACGCCCAAAUCCGUUGCAUUAAACGUAGUGCAAUAACCGAAAUCUUCUGUUGAAAACUCGGUCAAACUUUGAGACGUAUGUUUUAGCAAAUGAACCCUUCAUAUGCUGUAGCGUUUGAUGUGAAUUGGUCGUCCUGUUUUUUCAGUUAACGACAUUUUGCAUAGGCAGCGGUACAUUUUCCUCUUUACAUAGCAAGUUAUUUUAAUUGCCUGUAUUUUGGAUUGUUGAUUGAGGAAUAAUGUUCCACUGUAAAUUUAGUGGGUGUGUUUAUGUGUCUGAUAACGUUAGUCACUUUAUUAAGCACAUAAAGCUGCACAGUAACACUCACAAUUAUCGCUAUAAGUGUGGUGCGCCUGACUGCACACAAAUGUACCUCAAAGCUCCUGUUCUACAAACGCAUAUGUAUAGAGAGCACAAAUCAGUUAGAUUGCCAUGCAAAAAAGUGGACACAGUCUUAAAGUGUGUGGCUCACCCUUGUGCAUUCAAGUGUGAUACUGUAACCUCUCUUAUACAGCAUUUGAAGACACACACAAAAGAGGGAUUGGAAAUCAAAUGUCCAUUCAGAGGCUGUGACUGCAGCUUCACAGUUUCAUCUAGUUUUGACUCGCACAUUUCCAGGAAGCAUAGAGGCAGACAAGUAGAGGAUCUAACUGAUUUGAUUCUACACAAGUCUGUUCCCACAGAGCCUGAGCCUGAGCCGGGGCCCUCAUGUUCAGAGGUUUCUGAUGAACAAAAUGAACAAGACAUUUCUUUUGCUGUUGAUGAAGCCCUAUUCCUACACAGUCUAACACUUCUCUACUUGAAAUUACAGGCCAAGUUAUUGUUACCAGCAAGCACUAUUCAAACGAUCAUUGAUCAUGAACUCAGCCGUCAUCCCAAAAUUGAAGAAAUCCUAGCUGAUUACGAGCCAGAGACCUCAAACAAGGCUGUAUGUGUUCUUCUACUCCUGAUGGCGUACUUCAAAGAACCCAAAACAUCCAUCAUACUUGAGCCAUGUGCCACUGCUGCGGAUGUGCAAAGGACACAGGAGCUGCCAAGCACCCCCUGCUUGAUUGUACAAGGUGACCUGAUGAAGCCAAGGGCAUGGCUGUUGUCGAUCGAGGAACAAGUGGUGAUGGGACCACACAGGAACAUGUUAAACGGGUUGGCUGCGCUUUUUUCCAGCUUCUACAAUUUUAAUCUUCAGUACCCUGAAGAGAGUUCCUGUACUUUGGAGUUUAUUCAGAGAUGCUUCCUGGGUAUCAAUCCAGAAAGUGGAUCCAAGACAAAGAGGAAGCGUGGAGGCAUCAAUGCACAUGUAAGCACUCUAAUGCGCAAACUGGUAGAUUUUGAGUGGCAGGGAGUGUAGGAUUUUUUCAACUUGAGAGUAUCCAAAAAAAGUUGAACUAUCCAUACAUUAGUUGGAAUCGUUGUACUGUUGUACAUUUUUGCACAUUUUAAUUUUAAUUUUUAAAGCUGUUUGUAAAGGGUGUCCCAUUUGUCAUGACCCCUUGUUUCCAUUUGCAGCCAUUUUGAUUUCAUUUAUUGUUUUUAAUAUUUACGAUUUGUUCUGAAUAAGUUGGGGGCAUGUUUAACUGCCUAUGAAUGUUGCUGUUGAAUGUAAUUGUACUUUGCACUUAUAAGCUUGAUUAAAAAGUGAAAAC